CACGUCCCGGCAGAGGGGCGCAGCCCCGAACUGUGCAGCCCCAGCCCUGUCGGGGCACCGGUGGGGGGUACCUGCGGCCCCAGGAGGGUCGGCUGCUCCGCUCAGGGCCUUACCCGGCACCGCUGGGGCCGGGCGUGGUGGGUCGGUGCUCGGGCAGUUGUCGCUCAGCGUCAGCGUUGGGGUAAGAGGGUUUUGUCCCUGGGUGCUGAACACAGCCAGGGCUGGAAGCAGAGAUUAACUUUGAUGUGCAGCCACAGUCCUGUCAGUUCUUGGUUUUAGUGUUUAAGAAGGCCACGAUAGAGAAACACGGUGAAAUCCAUCCUGGUUCUGUUGUUCCCUUGGCUCUCCACACAGUCCCGCAGCUGUUUGGAUAAAGACAUUACUGUAGCCUGAUUUGCUGACUGUAUAUCGGAGUCCUUGAUGUUUUCUCAGGCGUCGACAACAGCGAGUACAUGAGGAACGGAGACUUCUUACCCACUCGCCUGCAAGCCCAGCAAGAUGCUGUCAACAUUGUGUGCCACUCGAAAACCCGCAGUAACCCCGAGAACAACGUGGGGCUCAUCACCUUAGCCAAUAACUGUGAGGUGUUGACCACGCUCACUCCAGACACGGGCCGGAUCCUGUCGAAGCUACACACGGUGCAACCCAAAGGGAAAAUUACCUUUUGCACGGGGAUCAGAGUUGCUCACCUGGCUUUAAAACAUCGCCAAGGCAAGAACCACAAGAUGCGAAUCAUCGCCUUCGUUGGGAGCCCUGUAGAAGAUAACGAGAAAGACCUGGUGAAACUGGCAAAGCGUCUUAAGAAAGAGAAAGUCAACGUUGAUAUCAUCAAUUUUGGAGAAGAGGAAGCCAACACGGACAAGCUGACCGCCUUCAUUAACACCUUAAACGGCAAGGAUGGCACCGGCUCCCACCUGGUGACGGUGCCGCCGGGGCCGAGCCUGGCCGAUGCCCUCAUCAGCUCCCCCAUCCUGGCCGGGGAGGGAGGUGCCAUGCUGGGCCUCGGCGCCAGCGACUUCGAGUUCGGCGUGGACCCCAGCGCGGACCCGGAGCUGGCUCUGGCUCUGCGUGUCUCCAUGGAGGAACAGAGGCAGCGGCAGGAGGAGGAGGCCAGGAGGGCUGCGGCCGCCUCUGCGGCUGAGGCUGGGAUCGCAGCCACUGGCGGGGACGAUUCGGACGAUGCUCUGCUGAAGAUGACGAUAACUCAGCAGGAGUUUGGCCGGGCCGGGCUGCCCGACCUCAGCAGCAUGACGGAGGAGGAGCAGAUCGCCUACGCCAUGCAGAUGUCGCUGCAGGGAGCGGAGUUUGCCCAGGCGGAGGCGGCAGAAGUGGACAGCAGCACGGCCAUGGACACCUCCGAACCCACUAAGGAGGAAGACGACUACGACGUGAUGCAGGACCCCGAGUUCCUGCAGAGCGUGCUGGAGAACCUGCCGGGCGUGGACCCCAACAACGAGGCCAUCCGCAACGCCAUGGGCUCCCUGGCCUCGCAGGCCUCCAAGGAGAGCAAGGACAAAAAGGAGGAGGAGAAGAAAUGAGGGCGCUGGGCCGGGGCUCGCUGCCGCCCGCCCCGGGGGUGAGUCGGCCGCGGGGCCGGGGGCUCUGCUGUAACCGGGCAAUAAAGGCUUUCCACGGG